GGCCACUACAUUAAGAACAGCCACAGUGUUUACUCGUGGAAAAGGUUGCAUUUAACGAGUGGCUCCUGAAUGUCCCAGCAAACGUGUCCAAUGACAGCGAAUGUGACCCGGAUGUCGGUGUUCCCUUCAACUAAAGGCUUUCUGGACUCUUGACUGAUGACUGUUUCCAAUUUGCAUGAAGGAGCAAUGCCAAGAGCACCUUGAACUCUCCUGCCAGGAAACAAACCGAGAUGGACCCGUCCGAUCAAAAGCACUUCACCGUUGUAGACUAUGUUGUAUUUGCUCUUUUACUCGCAGCCUCUGCAGGCAUCGGGCUGUACUACGCUCUCUCCGGGGGCCGUCAACGCACCACGCAGGAGUUCUUGAUGGCAGACAGGAGCAUGCAAUGUCUUCCCAUUUCCCUGUCGCUCAUCGCCUCCUUCCAGUCAGCCGUGGCGAUCAUCGGCGUCCCAGCUGAGAUCUACACUCACGGCACCCAGUACUGGUUCAUUGGCUGCGCUUACUUUUUAGGGCUUUUAAUUCCUGCUCACGUUUUCAUUCCAGUGCUAUACAGACUGCAACUCUCCAGCGCUUACCAGUAUCUAGAGCUGCGUUUCAGCAAAGCAGUGCGCAUCUGUGGAACUUUAACAUAUAUCUUUCAAAUGGUUAUCUAUAUGGGUGUUUGUGUGUACACGCCUGCUUUCGCACUUAAUGCGGCUACUGGAUUCCAGUUAUGGGGAACAGUGCUGGCAACUGGACUAGUGUGCGCUCUGUACACAACCCUGGGUGGCUUGAAGGCUGUGAUCUGGACUGACGUCUUUCAAACGGUUGUGAUGUUUGCGGGCCAGCUAGCUGUUAUCAUUGUGGGAGUGCGGCGGACUGGAGGAGUGUCGGAAGUCUGGAGGAAAGUGAAGGAGGGAAACCAUAUCUCUGGACUGGACUUAAACCCAGAUCCUACAGAGAGACACACCUUCUGGACUCUGGGGAUCGGCGGUGUCUUCCUCAUGCUGUCCUUGUAUGGAGUGAACCAGGCUCAGGUUCAAAGAUAUCUCAGCGCUCGCACAGAAAAAGAAGCUGUGAGGUCGUGCUACAUGGCGUUCCCUUCCCUUCAGCUGGCUCUGGCUCUGAGCUGUGUGAUGGGUCUCGUCAUGUUUGCACGUUACUGUGGAGAGGACUUUUCUGAGAAGCUGGGCAGCUCUUCGAGAGACGCAAUGGUGAUAUAUUUUGUGAUGGACAUGCUUCAAGGCCUCCCGGGACUGCCUGGACUGUUUGUUGCCUGUCUGUUUAGUGCGGCGCUCAGCACCAUCUCCUCUGCCUUCAACUCUUUGGCCACUGUGACGAUGGAAGAUCUCAUCAAACCAUAUUUUCCUUCCAUGUCAGAAGGGAGAGCAACAAAGGUGUCCAAAGCUUUAGCGAUGUCCUAUGGGCUGCUCUGUCUGGCCAUGGCCUAUUUGACUCACCUCAUGGGGGAUUCAGUUUUACAGGUAGCUUUAAAAAUCUUUGGGAUGAUUGGUGGACCCCUUCUUGGCCUGUUUUGUCUCGGGAUGUUCUUCCCAUGGGCCAACUCCAUCGGUGCAAUAGCUGGUCUGGUUGCAGGUCUGGCCGUGGCUUUCUGGGUUGGCAUCGGGAGCAUCAUCACUCGCAUCUCUGGCACAAAAUUGCUGCCACCCAGCUGUCACAUCAACACAACAGCCGGCAUCCAGACAGCACUCAGCAACGUAACAAGCCGACCCACGGGGCUGCAGAGGUUUUAUUCUUUGUCCUACAUGUGGUACAGUGCAUUCAACUGCUCAACUGUCAUUCUUAUCGGGCUGAUCAUCAGCUUUCUCACAGGCCCAAUGAAAGAAGAGGAGGCGACGCCUGGAACAAUCUAUCCGUUAUUAGGAAAACUGCUUUGUUUUCUACCUGAACAUCUGAAAAAGAAGCUCUGCUGUGUGACUCCUCUGAGACAGUCAAUCACAGAUCAACAAAGGCUACACUCACACAAGGAAAAUAAUGGAGGGGCCUCUCUCCAGCACACCCCAUCUCAGGAGCAGACGGAGGGUUUUCUUUCUGAGGUGGACUCCCGUGUUGUUGAGUGUGAAACCUCUGUGUAACGUCGAACUCUCCCACAUGAGGCAGGAAAUCUCCCGGAACCUAAAGCACUUGCACUGGAUCACUGCUUGCGUUGGCAUUUCUCAGUCUGACGCCUUUGAUUUGGGAUCAGGGAUGUUCUGCAGGUUUGCACCUUUGAGCAACUGCAGCCCCUGACUAAUUUGUGUGAUUUAAUGAUUUGCAGCCGAGUCGGUAGAUGUUUUGCAGACUGUAACAGUUUGUUUCUGUUUGAGUCAGCUGCUUGAAUGUUUGAAUAAUUUGUCUUUAUACUUGUAAACGUGCACUAUGCUGUUACCUAAAAAUCAAAGAUUUCUGAGCUGAAGAGCAAGUCAUCUUUUAUGUACUUGAAUGUUGAGGACUACUUCAUAGAUAUGCACCAGUCAGGCUUUGUGUUUAUAGACCAGAAAAUAGUGGGAGUUCUUAGUUUUGAUGCAUUUAAUGAAAAAGAAGUGAUUUCACAGUAUUUCACUGAUUACAGCUGAUCAAUAAUUGACUUGUCAAUUGGUGCAUCUCUACUAUUAAAGUUGCGCUGAUGGUGCUGUGACUUGGAAUCCCCUAACUUUUAAAACAGUCAUGGAAUUAUAACUGUAAUACAGUUUAAACACAAGAAAACACUUUUUCUACAAUGGAUUAAAGAUUUUUUUAUACAAAUUUCUAA